AUGGCGUACGAGAGGAUAUUUCCAAAAGUUAACAAACCUUCGGGCCGCAAAUACGCACAUACGAAAUGCGAUGGAAACAAUGCACGAAGAGGAUAUGAGAUUGUUUGUCUACUGGAACCAGUAUAUAUGCUAUGUAUAGGAAAUAUUAUUUAG